GUUUGGGUGGAGAGGCAGCGAGCGCGUGCCGGAGGCGGCCGCCGGGCUAGCAAGACCUUGUGCUCCACAGACCCUCCUUCGGGCGCAUCCUCCCGGAGCCGUCCCCCAAAACCCCCGCCACUUCCAAGCAAGGCGCCCCCGACUCUGCAGGACCGGCCCUGGGGGAUGGAGCGAGCCCGUCCCCAAGGCCCCAGAGGGGCCCCGAGGAGACCACCGCGCGCGGCCUGACCCGCCGUCCUCGCCCAGGGGCCCAUGGGCGCGUCCCCGCGGGCGGGCCGCGGACGUGAGGGCGGCGAGCGCCGGGGCCGCGACGCCGAGGAGGGCCGUGCUCGUGCCCGGCCCCGCGCAGGCCGCGCGCGCGCGUUCCCGCCGCAGCGCCGGCCGCGCCCGCCCCGCCUCUCGGCGCCGGCCCUGGAGCCCGGUCCGCGAGCGGCGGCGGCGGCGGCGGCGGCCGGAGGGACGAUGAGCGGCGCGGCGCGGGCGGGCCCGGCCCGGCUCGCCGCGCUCGCUCUGCUGACCUGCAGCCUGUGGCCGGCGCGGGCGGACAACGCGAGCCAGGAGUACUACACGGCGCUCAUCAACGUGACGGUGCAGGAGCCCGGCCGCGGCGCCCCGCUCACGUUCCGCAUCGACCGCGGGCGCUACGGGCUCGACUCGCCCAAGGCCGAGGUCCGCGGCCAGGUGCUGGCGCCGCUGCCCAUCCACGGAGUUGCUGAUCAUCUGGGCUGUGAUCCUCAAACACGAUUCUUUGUCCCUCCUAAUAUCAAACAGUGGAUUGCCUUGCUGCAGCGGGGAAAUUGCACAUUUAAAGAGAAAAUAUCACGGGCUGCUUUCCACAAUGCAGUUGCCGUAGUUAUCUACAAUAAUAAAUCCAAAGAGGAGCCCGUCACCAUGACUCAUCCAGGCACUGGAGAUAUUAUUGCUGUCAUGAUUACAGAAUUGAGGGGUAAGGAUAUUUUGAGUUAUCUGGAGAAAAACAUCUCUGUACAAAUGACAAUAGCUGUUGGAACGCGAAUGCCGCCAAAGAACUUCAGCCGUGGCUCUCUAGUCUUCGUGUCAAUAUCCUUUAUUGUUCUGAUGAUUAUUUCUUCAGCAUGGCUCAUAUUCUACUUCAUUCAGAAGAUCAGGUACACGAAUGCACGCGACAGGAACCAGCGUCGUCUUGGAGAUGCCGCCAAGAAAGCCAUCAGCAAACUGACCACCAGAACAGUAAAAAAGGGUGAUAAGGAAACAGACCCCGACUUCGAUCAUUGCGCAGUCUGCAUCGAGAGCUACAAGCAGAACGAUGUGGUGCGGAUUCUCCCCUGCAAGCAUGUUUUCCACAAGUCCUGCGUGGAUCCCUGGCUUAGUGAACAUUGUACCUGUCCAAUGUGCAAACUUAAUAUUUUGAAGGCCCUGGGAAUUGUGCCAAAUUUGCCAUGUACUGAUAACGUAGCAUUUGACAUGGAAAGGCUCACCAGAACUCAGGCCGUUAACCGAAGAUCAGCCCUAGGUGACCUCGCCAGCGACAACUCCCUUGGCCUCGAGCCACUUCGAACUUCGGGGAUCUCGCCUCUUCCUCAGGACGGAGAGCUCACUCCCAGAACGGGAGAGAUCAACAUUGCAGUAACAAGUGGUCACUUCUUUCACCGAAACUCCUUGUCUCCUCGGAGCCUGGUGUACGAAAGUGAAUUCUCCACAAUCGAACCUUCUUUGGACAUGUAUGAUGAGAACAAAACCUGAUUUUUUCUAAACGGGCUCUGGGGGGGGGUCACCUCUUUUGUGAUUUGAUUUAUGAUCACUUUUCUUAUGUUGUAUCCUUUUGUCAGCGUCCAUUUUUGGAAGAAUGGCAGGGCUUUCCAAGCACAGGUUGGGGCUCAGGGUUAAAUUGCAAGGUCCCCCCAAGGGGAGGCUUUGAGGACAGCAUUAUCACCCAGGUGGCUUCGCAGUACCGAAACCGCCCAAAGCCGGCAGGAGAAUGUGGGCCCCAACAAGCUUGGCUGUUCCCAGAGACGGGCAGGGGCCGGUUGGGGGGGCAGGGUGUGUGAGGGUUGCGUGGCAAACGUGUCUCUGAAUAAUCACAUGCUAUUCUGUGUCACGGUGACGGUUGGGGUUUUUUUAAAUACCUUUUGUGCUCUCCACUUAACAACGCGUACUAAAGCUUGCAGGCGCUGCUUCUUGCUGACGUGGGGCCCGAGUUGCUGCUACGUGGCCCGCUCCGUAUUUUCUUGUCUCAUAUUCUACUUUCUGUUAAAGAGCCUCUUUCUAAAGUUUCCUGAAAGAAAGGCUUGCCUUUCAUCCCUCCCCUGAGACUGACCACCCAGAGCAGCACAAGGAGGGGGUUCUGCUGGCUACACAGGACAGGGGGUCAUCUCUGUGGCCUCCUCCGGCCUCCCUCAUAGAGCAUAGAGCCGAGUGCUUAUGUGACCACCGAAACACCGAAGGCCUUGACCCUGAGGCCUGCGGACUCGUCUGCAUGGCAUCUGCUGAGGUGUGCGUGGAGGUGGUCCCCGGGAGGCCGGUCCUCUUUGGGCAUGAUGGCAAGCGGGCGUCAAAAUCGGAAUGAUUCUGAGUGCUUUCUUGAGAAGAUCAAACCACAUCCUUGCUGUUAGAGACCAGAUGAGCACCCCUCUUCUGCCUUCCCGAGCCAACCAGUCCCCCUCCCACCAGCAUUAGCAUCAACACCAAGAAGGCUCAGGAGCUUCCGGGAAAAGACACGGUGGCCAGCACGGGGGACAUUCAGGGACACACACGCUCCUCCCACACACCUGGGAUGACAUGACGUUAACAUCAAGAGAAACAUGUAUCUGGAGAGUAAACCCAACCCAGAACCACGAUGAGAAAAUUUAUAAAACAAAUCGACACAUCCUUCUUGCUCAAGGACACAGCCAUAGUUCAGCCUGUUUCUCCUAUCCAUAGGAGCUAUGUACAGAUAGAAAUGCAUUCAGGUCCUCAGAUCCCUGGUAUGAGAAUGGAAACUCCAGCCUCUAUAUUCUGGAGCUAGAUCUGGCAGCAAACCGCGCAGACCCGGGACCCGCCCCCCGGCCAGGCCCCCCACACCCUGUGACUUUUAUCAACCCCGUAAAACACAACUUGGAGAUGAACACUUGCCCUAUUCCCGUGUGCGGCUGGCUUCUCCUCCUUCUGUGUCUGUUCUCGUCAUGCAUUGCUAAGCUGCCUCAAACACAGCUGUGCCCCUGAGCAAAGCCCCUCAGAGAACCACGGUUGAGACGGCCAUCAGGAAUGUCGCCUCACAGGGACUCGUUGUGUUGCCAGUCAUGGGAGGCUGGAACAGUGCAGAAUCUGUAAGGUCUUAGCAGCUUUUUCUGUUUUACCUGUCACCAAGGGCUUCUGGUUGAGGUUUGGUUUUGGUUUUGGUUUUGGUUUUGGUUUUCCCCCUUUUUAUUGUCUUUGUACUAGAAAAAAUAUUUUUGAUAAACAGUUUCAAGAGGGCACUGUUCAGAAAGAGCAGCACUGCACCCCCCUGCUUUGUGGCGAGGGAAAGCCUCCCAAGGAGACGAGCACCCGGUGUGCCACACUCCAGAGCCACACACCCAACCUCUGUUUGGCUUGGCUCCUCCAACAGGGAAGACAGCUCACUUCUGACCAUGGUGCCCCCGCCCCAGAACCGGGAUCCCCUCCGAGCAUUCUCUCCUGAUUUGUUUGGCCUCGCAAAAGCAUAUCCAUUACAUUUCCCUCGAGACGUUUCCUUUUGCAAAAAAGGAAUGAAAUCACAUGAGAAGAAAGUAAACAUCCAGGCCCCUAAAAAAAAACAAAAACAAAAACAAAAACUCUACCCAUGACAGAGUAUCUGGGUUUCUGGUAAAUCUAGGGCACAUCUUCACUGUCAAAGAGCCAACGAGGUGUUUCUCACAGGGGCAUUCCCUCAGAAGAGUGGCCCCAGGUCCCACCUCGAGACUCCUCCUUAAACAUCGAGGCCACUUUCAUGCUCAGCCACAGAAUGUCCUGCCUUUGUCGGGAGGGACUGCACCUUCUGCGUGGGGGUCAUAUACUCCAGGAAUAGCAACAUUCAUCCCCCAUAACAGCCUCUCUGCUGGCUGGGAUGCUGGAUACGCCUCUGGGGAGCCGCGCCAGGGACCCUGGAGGACAGGGAAGCUUGGUGACGGCAACCUUCUCAGCACCCUUGCCUUGGGGAAGUUCGAGGUUUGGGAGCAGGUUAUUGCCCAUACAGGCACGGUGGGGGUUCUGGAGAGACACUUCUUCCCCGACAGAUGAGCAUCUCAUCUGCAGCAAGGCUUACGGUCUCAGUGGUGAUCAGCUGGGACGUGUAGAUAACUUCCUAUUGGUUCUUUUUUUUUGGGGGGGGAGGGUUACUAUUUGAAGAACAGAAGGGGCAGAGGAAGAAGCUGCUUCUACCACAAACCCCUCCGUCCCUCUGGCGGACUGCUCUGAGCUGGGCCUGACUUCCCCCUCUGCCUCCCCCCUCCCCCCUGCCUCCCCCUUCCUCCUCUGCCUCCCCCCUCCCCCUCUGCCUCCCCCCUCCCCCUCUGCCUCCC